AUGUCCGCCAAGGCCGAGCAAAGCCCCGGGGACGGGGAGGCCGCGCUGCACCGCGAGGAGACCAGCACCUUGGUGGAGAACUGCAGCGGCUCCAACGGGGUCAGCCAGGAGAAGCUGGGUGAUAUGAAGGACGACACAACAGACCUACAAGUGAAUGGGAACGCUGGGCAUUAUCCUCUGGACGUUGAAGAGGUUGAGGAAGACUCUAGCGCGCAGCUUAACAUGCGUGGAGUUUUUCUGCAUGUCUUUGGAGAUGCCUUAGGUUCAGUAAUUGUCGUAGUGAAUGCCUUGCUCUUUUAUGGUUUGUGGAAUCCGUGCCCCAAAGAUGGGCCCUGCUUUAAUCCGUGUGUCAAUAGCCAUUGCGUGGAGAAUGCUACUUUAUCCCAACCUCUUGGCAGUGUAAACAAGUCUGAGCAAGAGAGCAUUACGGUGGCUGGUCCAUGCUGGUUACUAUAUUUAGACCCUGUUCUUUGUUUGAUUAUGGUUUGUAUCCUCCUUUACACAACUUACCCGUUACUUAGGGAGUCGGCCCUUAUACUUCUGCAGACUGUUCCCAAACAAAUAGAUGUUCAUUCUUUGAACUCAAAAUUACGUACCCUUGAAGGAGUUGAAGCAGUGCAUGAAUUACACAUUUGGCAGCUAGCAGGCAGUAGGAUCAUUGGCACGGCUCACAUAAAGUGUCCUGACCCUUCCACGUACAUGAUGGUGGCAAAGCGCAUAAAAGAGAUCUUUCACGAUGAAGGGAUUCAUGCAACUACCAUCCAGCCCGAGUUUGCCAGCGUUGGCUCUGAAUCAGGGAGAGGGAAAUGCGAGUUUCCUUGCAGAACUCAGUGUGCUUUGAAGCAGUGUUGUGGAACAGUAGAAGAUAAUACUGGAAAGAAGACAGAAAAAUCUUCUUCGCUUAGUAUUUCUUGUUCAGAGGUUGUCAUUGAAUUUCCACAUAACAAAACUAGAAGGACUAAAUCGGAGAGCGUACCUGCAGUUAAGCUAGAGGCAAACACCGAUCAAAACGAGCAGUUUGAAUCAUCUUUGUAACUCCCUGAAUGGUGCUACCUGAGUUUUGGUGACUUUGACAACAGCUGUGUUGCAAGAGGAAGAGACAGAUGUUUGAGAUGCAAUUUUGCCAAGUAGUGUAAUUGCUGAGGUCCUUGUUCUUGUCAUAUUGCUAAAUCUAGAAUGCUUGUUCUAAAGAACAUGAUGUCACUGUCAUAUACAACGUUUCUGUUGACUUUGUACUGAGACAGACAGAAAGUGCACCGAUGCUGUAACAACUUCAGAAAACCAGUUUCAACAUUUCAGCUGAGACACUUUUUGUUGUGCUUCAAAUUAUUAUUAUUAUUUUUUUCAAUUAAAAGAUACUUGAGGGAUAAGCAUAUAGGAACUCAAUUUGUGUUACAGAUCUCUUGGACCUGCUUUUUCCUUUAAUAUUUGAUUUGUAGAUAUUUUAAUAUAUUGUUUAUUUAGAAGCCCUAAGGAAACCAAAGUUGAUAGAACAUUUUUAAAGAUAUAACUACUUAAAACUGGAAACCACUUUGUCAGUUUCACGUAUUUUUCUUAAUCUUAUGUAAUAAAAAAUGUGAAGGUUUUUCUUACAAAUAUAUCACAUAGCAUAUUUUUAAGGAAGCGUCAAAUGAUUAUUAGAAACCAUCCCCAUCUUUUCUGCUAAGGUAGUGAGGUAAUUAAAAUCAAUGGCCUGUGAAAAUAUCAGGUGUGAAAAGGUUUUUGUUUUUUUUUUUUUUCUCAAAAUGAAAGUUCAAGCUACUGUAUACUCUGUGUGAUCAGGAUAUGAGACAGGCAGAUAAAAUCAUGCCUACUUUAAUAUUUUACA